AUGAGUCUUCUUAAACUAAAAACACUGCAAAGAGAAGAUUCCUCAUAUUGCUUUGAGAAAAGAUUUAAUGAAUGGUUUCCCAUUACAAAUAGUGAAUUCAAAGAAAAGUACAGGGACAUGGUUGCAGAAAGUAUUGCAGAGGACUCUACGGAGGAUACGAGUAUAAGUUCUAUAAGUUCUCCAGGAAUAUCCCAAUAUUCAGAUUUUUCUGUUUUGAAUAUAAGAAGACCUGAUCCAUCAAUAUGCACAGUGUAUGAGAGUCCUCAUCGCUUUAUAGCCUCCAGGAUGUUGAUUCCGAAAGAAGGAAAUAGAAUAACGCGAGUUGAGGAUUCUGGCCGUCUAAUAUGGAAAGAAAAUGAAGAUGAAAAGUAUGUCUAUUGUAUAUUGUAUUUAAAGAAAAAUAAACCCAAAAUGUUGCUCAUUGCUAGGGAUACACCAUCAGGUUUGGAUCCCCUUUUCUUUAAGAAGAAGCGUUUUUCUUGGAGGAUGUCAAAGAAGAAGUAUUUGGAUAAAAUCCUGGGACUUGCUCCAAGAACAAUAAUAGGGGAUAAACAGUGUAAUCUUGAUAUUGCAAGUGAGAAGGAGACACCCAUGUAUAGAGUAAGAAGAUCUACAAUACAUGGUACAGAGGUGGUUUCAUACAUUACAAGGAGAGAGCUCUGUAUUACUUCAGUUUCAGAUGGAGCGAAGGCUAUAUGGAUUGGAGAUUUUUUCCUAAGAUGUCACUCCUGUGAUGUAUAUUAUAGGAAUGGCAAUCCAUUCCUUGUAGUUUUCGAUCUUUACAACAUGGAGGAAAGCAGUCUCAAAUGUUUUGAAAAACAAAAUGGUCUUUGGGUACACCUUGAAGAUGAGGGUUUUAGGACAAUAGUUAAGGAAAUGGAAAUGAGGAAAAUGAUGUCUUUGUCCGGAUAUGAGCAAGUAUCUUGA